CUGCUCUUCUUCUCCCCCGACCCUCUGCACUCGACGAGCCCACCCCGUCACUGCCACCCAUUUCCGGCCGGAAAUCCGGCAAAGCUUGGGGAUUUCUCCCUAUUUUCUUAUCUUAGAACACCUAGUAAACCCAGAAAUUUCCCCUCUUUGCUGGAAAUUCCAGAUCUGCGCUGUCUUCUUCCCUUUGUCCGUCGGCCUCUGCUUGUGUGGGUGUGAAUUCUCGGCUUUUUUGAAUUUCCCCCAAAUUGCCGCCGGCCUCUUCCCCCUACCAUGUCCGGUUCUGCAGCUGGAAAAUUUCUGUGUUUUGGCCAAUUUUUGGAAGUUGGCAAUACUGUUCACGUCGUGAGCACUGUUCAUUGGGUACUGUUCACACACCGAGGGUUAACGAUUAACGGGAUUUAAAGGUUUAGUUUGUGAUAUAAGAAUGAAAUUGGAGAUGUUCGGUUAUGUGGAGAUUGAUAGAAAUAGCACUGUGAUUGGGGUAGUGUUGAUGAUUUCAGUUUGAAUUUAUGGUAGUGCGAUAUUAAUUCUUGGAAUAUUGUGAUUAGGUUUUGAUCGUUCUGUCACCGUAGCACUUGGGUUAGCCUUCUGUUCUGUGCGAGUGAGGUAAGUAAAUUAUGGUAAAGCCCUUCGAUUUCAAAGCAUGUUUUCAAUUGUUUUUGAGAUGCUGGCAAGGUUUAAAUUGAUUUUAAAUUGAUUUUAUCAGCAUCUGAAUGUGAUUAAAUUGAAAUGGAAAUUGUGAUGGUUUUUAUGAGAAUUUCCUUGUUUUUCUGGAAUUGAGCAUGAUUGGAAUGAAAAUGAGGAUUUUAUUGAUUUUCUGGAAUUGAGCAUGAUUGGAAUGAAAAUGAGGAUUUUAUUGAUUUUCUGGAAAUGAGCAUGAUUGAGAAAUGAAAAUGAGAAUUUCAUUGUUUUUCUGGAAUAGAGCAUGCCUAUUUGGGAAUUGACGGAACUGAAGCGAUACUGAGGACGAGGGAAACCGAGGGGAGUGACGAGUUAGAAGGCUAGCCAUCGUGUAAAUUGAAUAUGGAUUUUAGAUAUAAAUGAUGAUCUUGUAAGCGAGAUUUUAAUUGGAGAUUGUAAAUUCAAUUAGUGGAUAGUUAGUUUAUAAGAGAUUUGAUCUGGAGAUUUUGAGGCUCAAUCUGUUUUGUGUUUAGGCUUACAUUUUUGGGUAUAUGAUGUAGAGAGACUCUAAGCUCUUCAGCCCCUCCCCUCUUCUUCCACUCCUGAGAUCAUUUCCAAUUCUUAACGCUUCUUUGUUCUUUAGAUCUCCAGUUCCUUUCAGUUUUUGGAGCUGUUGAUGAUUCCAAUGUCUGUGUGAAUCUGCUUGUAAGCUCUCGUUGCAGACUUAAAACAAGUUAUUUUGCAUUCAUAACGGUAAUUAGUUUGGUUCAUUUCUCUUGUUUCAAUCUUAUGAUUCUAGUUCAAGAUAUCUGUUUGAUAUUUGAUGAUUUUGCGUGGAUAACUUGGUUUGCCUGUGUAAUGAACUUAGAUGUGAAGC